AUGAAUCACCAUCGUUUGUUAAGCACCACAUCAUGCCCUCUAUCAAAAAAUGUCACCGCAAAAUUGAAUUCCAUGAAGCAUAAGACUUUUUUUGUUUGCGAGGCUCAGCGUCAUUUUAAGCCCUCGUUCACGAUUUCCCAAUUGCAGAACAUCCGCUCAGUCACGUCUGAAACCAGCACGCCCAAUUUAACACAGUCACCGUUACACUCAAACUCUUCGUCUCCACAUUUUUCAUCGCAACUGAAAUCAACACCCGUACCGACACCGCCGACACCACCAACGCCGAUUCCUGCACGCAUUCUUCAGAGAGCACUUUCUUUUGUUCCAGCGCAUGGAUGGACAGUAGAAACACUAUCUAAGGCUGCUGUUGCUGAGGGAUACCUGUCCGUGACCCACGGACUAUUUUCGCGUGGUGGAGUGGACUUGAUUGAUUAUUUCCUGGAAGAUUGUCGGAGAAAGAUGAUAGAUGAAUUGAGUGGGAAAAUGGAUGGAUUGAAGACUCACGAGAAGGUCAAGAUGGCUUGCGUUGUGCGGUUAAACUUGAUGAGGCCUUACAUAAAGAGAUGGCCUGAGGCUCUUACUAUAAUGGCUCACCCAAGCAAUGUGCCAAUGUCUGUUGGACACCUUGCACAGCUUGUAGAUGAUAUCUGGUACUUGGCUGGUGACAAGAGUGCGGAUAUGAAUUGGUAUUCUAAGAGAACAGAAUUGGCGUUAAUAUAUGCUUCAACAGAGCUAUAUAUGACACAGGACAAGUCCCCAGACUUUGAAGCCACAUUUAAGUUUUUGGACAAUAGACUAACUGAUGUCAUGAGACUAGGAAAAGCCAUUAGUGAAAUUGGCACCUUCAUAGAUUUUGCCACCAAAUCCGCUAUUGGAAUAUUAGCAUCGAAAGGGUUGAAAUUUCCAGGAAAUUGA